CUUUAAUUUAUAGCGACAAAGGUGUUUUGUGAUAUAUUAUAUUUGUUUUUUUUUUGUGUUCAAUUGAAAAAAUAUGUCUAAACGUAAUAGCAACCCAGCUUCGAAUACGUUGUUUAAUUAUUUCACCAAAACACCGCCCAGUAAUAAGAAAGCAAAACUAAAUGGAGAUGCCGAAAGUUCUACCAAGUUAAACUCUCCAGUGAGCUGUAAGGAGAAGAAAUUUGAAAGUAAGUGUAAAAAACGUGAGAGACAGCCUACUAAAUCUCCGGAGUUAAAUAAGAAUUCUAGCGGCAGUGAGGAUGAGGCUCGAAUAUCUAACAAAAAGAGGAAAAGGAUAAGAUUGAAUCCUGUAGACUCUGAUGAUUCAGAUGUGGAAAAUAAAGUAGAUAACAAAAUUGAGACAUCAAAAGAAAAAGUGUCCCUCGAGAAGAAAUUACAAGAGAGUUUUAAGUAUGAACCCGGAGACUCUCCAAAAGGCAGUAAAACCAAAAGAGUUAUAUCAAAUGAUGUUCCUCAAACAAAAACAGAACCUCAAGACUCCACAGUGUUAGCGGAUGAAGGAAACUGGGUACAUUGCAAACUAGAUUGGUUGAAGCCGGACAAAAUUCGUGAUGCCCAGAAACGGAAGGCGGAUCAUCCUGAUUAUGAUGCAACUACAUUAUAUGUACCACCCGAGUUUUACAAGUCCCAGACACCGGCACAUAAGCAAUGGUGGGAGAUGAAAUCGUCUCAUUACGAUUGUGUGCUGUUUUUCAAAGUUGGCAAGUUCUAUGAGCUUUACCACAUGGAUGCAGCUGUUGGUGUCAACGAACUUGGCUUCUCUUAUAUGAAGGGCGAAUUCGCACACUCCGGGUUCCCCGAAAGCGCAUACGCUCGUAUGGUGUCCACUUUGGUGUCCAAGGGAUACAAGGUGGCGAGGGUUGAACAAACUGAAACACCAGAUAUGAUGCAGGAGAGAUGCAGAAAGAAUGGCUUAACGAGCAAAUAUGAUAAAGUGGUUCGUCGAGAGAUCUGCCAAGUGAGUCUCCGCGGUGCUCAAGCCCUAGGGCUCCAGGACAGUGGGCCUGCGCAAGCGGCCUCAGAGCAUAUGCUUGCGAUCGCUGAAGAGGAAAAUAACGGUCGCAGCACAUAUGGCGUUUGCUUCCUUGACACAACCAUAGGGCAGUUCCACAUGGGGCAGUUCGCAGACGACAAACAUUCCUCCAGGUUACUCACUACACUGGCGCACUACCCUCCGGCAUUGAUUGUCUUCGAUCGUAAACACACAACCGCACGUACAAAAAAACUUCUUAGCACGCAUUGCCAUAAUGCUCGAAGAGAGCCUGCUAAUAUGUGGCCACCCGAGAAGACGCUCAAAACUUUAGCUGAAAAGUAUUACAAAACUAACGCAGAUGGUGACUGGCCAGAGGGGAUUAAACCAUUUUUGAAUGAUGGUGAUGCAUUAGGUCUGACACCAGCUGCGAAUUGCUACUUGGCAAUCAAAGCGCUUGGUGGGUGUGUAUCGUACCUCACAGGCUGUCUGUUGGACAUACAAAUCCUCGGUAUGGCACAAUUCGAGGAGUAUUCACCUCCAGACGUGCUAAACACCACCUUAUCCCCUGAGGAUAAGGUUGAAAAUCAAUGGAGGGGCGGUAAUACGAUGGUGUUGGAUGCUAUAACCUUGAGGAAUUUGAGAAUUGUUCAAGAUGAAGGGUGCUUGUAUGAUAAAGUAAAUUUCUGUUCUACGCCGAUGGGUAAAAGGUUACUGUACCAAUGGGUGUGUUCUCCAUGUUGUGACUUAGCCGUGGUCAAGGAGAGACAGGAAGCCAUAAAAGCGAUGUUCGAAAACCAAGAGCUGUGUCAGGACGCCAAGAAUAUAUUGACUACUUUACCAGACUUGGAUAGACUAUUGGCAAAAAUACACGCACUAGGCAACUUCAACAAAUCAAAGAACCAUCCUGACUCUCGAGCAAUAUUUUAUGAGGAGAAAAAAUACUCCAAACGAAAAGUCCUCGAUUUCAUAUCGGUGCUGAACGGUUUUACUGCAGCGCUGAAACUGACCGAACUAUUCAGCGACACCGAAUCCGAUAUGUUGAAGAGAAUAACACAGUUCAGUCCUGAUGGGAGGUUUCCUGACUACAGAGGCACUUUAAAGUUCUUUAAGGAAGCGUUUAACCAAAAAGAGGCGGAAAAAGAAGGACGUAUACUCCCUGGUGAAGGCGUGGACCAAGAAUACGACAGUACGCUACAAACUAUCAAAGAAAUUGAAGAAGACUUAAAAGAAUACCUCGAAGAGCAAGAGAAAUAUUUUAAAUGUAGGCUUCAUUACGUGGGUACGGAUAAGAAACGGUACCAAAUCGAAGUGCCACAGAAUGCGGCGUCGAGAGCUGGCUCCGAAUAUAAUUUGGAAGGAGCACGGAAAGGAUUUAAGAAAUUUUCGACCUCCGAAACGAAGGAAUUUCUAGCAAGAAUGACUGCAGCGGAGGAGCAGAAAACGAACGUAUUAAAAGACUUGAGUCGCCGAAUAUUCGAGAAGUUCUCCUCGAGUUACAACCAAUGGGAGAGUGCUAUAAAGUGCAUAGCAACACUGGAUAUUUUGUUGUCGUUUACUGAAUUCACGAGGCAACAAAGUGGGGACGUAUGUUUACCAGAUGUCACCUUUGAAAAAGGGCAAAAGCCAUACAUCAACAUAGUGGAGGGUAGACACCCCUGUAUUCCCAUCGUGAACGAUUUCAUACCGAAUGACACCCAACUGGGGGUCGAUAACGCCAGAUUACUACUGCUUACGGGCCCCAACAUGGGCGGUAAAUCCACUUUAAUGAGGCAAGUGGGACUACUCACCGUUCUGGCGCACUUGGGCAGCUAUGUACCAGCUCAAGAGUGCAGCCUCAGUUUAGUGGACCGCAUUUUCACUCGCCUCGGCGCGUCGGAUGAUAUACUAUCUGGACAGUCGACUUUCCUCGUGGAGAUGAACGAGACGGCAGCGAUCGUCAAACACGCCACCUUGCACUCACUUGUCCUGCUUGAUGAAUUGGGUCGAGGCACGUCGACCUACGACGGUACGGCCAUAGCAUCGGGUGUAUGCGUCGAGCUAGCGGAGAGAAGCUGUCGAGUGGUGUUCUCAACGCAUUAUCAUUCGCUGGUGCACCAUCUGGCUUCACAUCCUGGCGUGCAGUUGGGCCAUAUGGCCUGCAUGGUGGAAACAGACGAAACGACCCCCGAUAAUGACGAGACUAUACCCGAAGAAACUAUCACAUUCCUCUACAAACUGUCCCCGGGAGCCUGUCCCAAAUCCUAUGGCUUCAAUGCGGCGAGACUCGCGGGAAUCCCCCGGGAAAUAACUGCGCGUGCACAUCAAGUGUCGCGGAAUCUAGAGAAGGAGGCCACGUGUGUACGCGCCUUUAGGGACAUACUCAAAAUUAAUAGCGCUUCGGAUUUACGGAAAAUUUUGUCGGCUUUGAGCAUUUAAAAUUGUUGAGUUUCUUUGUUAUUAAGUUUUUGUAACGUACUUUUAUUAAUUAGUUUUAUAUGUUUCCCGGAAUCUAGAAAAGGCUGCAAAUUUUCGCGCCUUUAGGCAAAUAUUAAAAAUGAAUAGCGCCUCUGAUUUAUGGAAAUGAGAGAAAGGAGUAUUUGAAAAGUUUUAUUGUUAAGUUGAUUUGUUUGUUCUAUAAUAAAACUCAUUAAGUUUUCGCUACCUACUUUUAUUGAGUAACUUAAAGUGCCAAAUGCUAUGUCCCGGAAACGAUAUCAUUUCCUCCAAACGAAUAACAGAUAUUGUUCGCAGCUCUGAGCUUUUGAAAAUCUUAAUUGUAAAGUUUAUUUCUGUAAUGUAUAAUUUAAGCUCAAAUAAUUCUUACUUACUUUUAUGAGUGUUCAACAUUUUACGGGGUUAAUCAAAUUCAAUAGAGCUUUGGUAUUCUAAAAUCUCAAUGUUUAAUGUCGAUUUGUUUGAUAAAUAAUUAAAACUGAUUACGUUUUCCCAUAUAGGUACUGUUUCUAUGUUUUUGAGUAAUUUUACGAGCCAUAAAGAGCUAUUUAUCUUUUUACAGACACCUGUCUAAAGCAAAUUUUAUAAGCAAUUAAGUUUGUUUUUGGAAAUGUUUAAAAACCUCAGCACGGCUAGCAUGGGCAGGAGACAAUUAUAUUCCCGGGGAAAGGAUGAAAAUGU